AUGGACAAGCGCAGGUCAUCGUGGCGUGAAUGGUUUCGGCUGGGGCGCCGCAGCGACAGGCCACAGGUGUUCGCAGACAAGCACUACGCACACUCCGAGCACCCCUUCCUCUCGCUGCGCAAGUUUGUCGAGUUCCUCGACCGGCGCCAUACAAACGUGUCCAUCUUCGGGCUGCUCAUGCACAUCACGAUGGAGAUCGUCUCCAUCGCUUUUUAUGUGUGGACGUCGCAUGUGACGGCUGCCACGUCGGCCACCGAGUUCACGUGGAGCGUCCCAGUCUUCAUCACUGAAGUAGCUCUGAGCAUCAUCUUCCUGUUGGCCUGGAUCGGGCUGUUCUUCUUAGAGCAUGACAAGAAGGCGUACCUGAUCUCGUGGCUGUCGCUGGUGAACGCCAUGACGAGUAUCCCGAUGAUCGUGAUCGGCAUUGGCGCGCUCAAGGACUCGCUCUGGCGCUCCGUCUGGGUGCCCAUGUUCCUCCGGGUGUGGUGGCUGUGUGACUCCCUCAACGUGCUGAUCGACUACCCGCAGAUCGCACGCCGCACGCCGGAGGUGUGGCGAGAGAUGAUGCGGUACUUCCUUCGUCUGCUCGCGGUCAUGGGCACGUGCAUCGGCACACACCAGAUCGUGGAGUCCUGCAGUGGCCAGUAUAUAGACUUGUACGACUCACUGUACCUUAUCAUCGUCGCCUUCGCCACGAUCGGCUUCGGCGACGUCACUUCCACCACGACACCAGCGCGCGUCUUCAUGGUCGCCUUCAUUGUAAUCGGCAUUUGCUUCUUCCUUCCACUGUUCCAGCGACUCGCUUUAAUUGCCGAGCGUCGCCAGUUCCACAACACCUUCAGCGGUGGCUCUGCGUCGUGGUUCCGCCGCGGCUGGAAGCACCCGCAUGUAAUCAUCUGCGGGCAGUUCAGUGACCUCUCCGUCGAGCUGCUGCUCAGAAACUUCUACGCGGGCUGGCGCAAGUACCUCGACACAUGCAUCGUGCUCAUGGCCCCAGAGGAGCACUCGCCGGAGGUGCGGCUGGUCGCGAACCUGCCCUGGCUGAAGAGUCGUGUGACGCUCAUGGUGGGCAACCCCGAAAACUCGAAGGACCUGGACCGCGCCAAGGCACGUGACGCCGACGCCAUCUUCCUGUUUGGCGACUCGCGCUCGGCCGCCUACUACCAGGACUACACCAUCGUCGCACAGUCCGUGGCGGUGAGUCUGUACGACCGGAACCUGCCGCAGCACCUGCUGCUGCACCGCAACUGCACGGUGAAGCAAAUCAGCCCGUACGCGGCGAGUGUGCUGGAGGUAGAGCGCACACUGCACCACCUGUUGGGACUCUCCAUGACGCAUCCCGGCGUUGUGCCACUCAUUAUCAACCUCCUGCGCACCUACGAGUCGCUGCCAUCGGACAUCACGCUGUCGCGGGACUGGGUGGAACAGUACGAGUACUCGCUGCGCAACGACAUGUACGGGCUGGAGAUUCCAGACGCGCUGCGCGGACGCGAGUUCCGCGUGCUGGCACGCGCCUUUUUCGAAAAGGAUGUGACGCUCAUCGGCAUUCUCAACGUGCGCAGCGUUGUGCAGCUCAACCCGCGCGAGCUCGUCCCGAACGCAAGGAAGCUCAUCCUGAUCGCGAAGACGAUGAAGGUGGCGCAGGACGCCACCGACGCCAUCGCGCGCGACUACGAGCAGACGUUUGGCGAGGAGAUGCUUGUGGCGCCGGAUCCGGACGAGCACGACCGUGCGAAGCGGCGCCUCGUGAGGUCUCGUUACCACACUGAGUUCAGUAGCAACGACAGCACACUCGAUGACAAUGUUGGGAGCGUCAACGGCACGGCGAAGCAGCGGGGGCCACCGAUGCGCCCACACGGUGCGGAGGCAGUGUUAGAGACUCCCGACCCCCUGGGGCGCUUGUCCCACGUCCCAGUCUCGUUGCAGACGACCGGUAGCUCAAUCGCUGCGGAAGGUGACUUUGACGAUGAGUUUGACGCGAGGAACAGCAGUGUCGGCGCUGCGCCGUCGCUGCCGAGCUCCGUGCACCCGUCGGAGGUGCGCAGCGAGGCGCUGGUGCGCAUCGACGACGCGUUUGACCUCGAGAACCACUUUGUCAUCAUCGACCUGUCCACCGCCAAGGCCAAGGACGAGUCCAGUCGCUACGCGCAGGAGGCCGUCAGCACCGCCGUCGCACACGACAUCUUUCACGUCACAGUGCCAUUGCGCCAGGCACACCCAGCCAGCGACAUCGUGCUGCUCACCAACGACGUCAGCUUCGGCCCCUACUUCGACUACUACUGGAGCGUCCACCACCAGGACAGCGCCUACCCUGUCAAGUACAUCUGCGGCUGCGGUCUCAAUACCGCCGACCUGCGCCGCUGCAACCUCGAGCGCUGCGCUGGCUGCUGUGUCUUCUAUGCUGGCGACAUCAGCCUCUCCGGCUCUACCAGCGCCAUGUCUAUGCUUACCGUGCUGUCCAUCAACGACAUCCUACACGGCAUUCCUGCCUUCCCCGUCGUCGUCGAGCUCGAGGGCCUCGUCAACCUCCCGCUGUUCCCGCCGCACGCCGAGGACCCGCGCCUGCGCUCCAAGGCGGAGAUCGACUUUGUGUAUGAGCCAAACUUCAUCAUCGGCAACGCCGUCAGCCGCCUCAUGCUGUUCCCUGCGCUGCAGCGCACCUACUUUAUGGAGGAAUUCAUCGACGUGAUGGACGUACUCAUCAGCGGCCACGCGCCCGACACCCCCGCGCUCGCGCGCCUGCCGCUGUCGCUGUGCGAAGCAGACCUCCACACCUACGAGGACGUCGUCAUCUACUGUCUUAAGUUCGGAUUCCUGCCCAUCGCGCUGCAGCGCCGCAUCGUUGACAUGUGCAACCCGUCCAUCAACGGCCAGCGCUUCGUGCUAACCAACCCGCCGCGUGCGCUGCCGGUGCGCCAGCAGACGGAUCUAGUGUUCUACAUCACCCCAGGGUAG